CGAUUCCUCAAUAGCCACGAACGAGCCGGGUGCCUGGACAGACCCGUGUCCCUAAGGGGCUGCCGGGGUACCAGAACCCUCUCUGCACCCAGCUCCCUAUGGGCUCUAGAGCAGACUCCGCUCUGAGCUGUGGCCCUGCUCCGAGCUCCCUGCCCCAGCCGUGCGUUCCCAGCCAAGCUAACCUUGCCCAGAAGCUGCUCCUGAUGUUGCAGUGUUUUGUGUCUGGCUUAUGCAGUGCUGGGCUCUUGGGCUGUAGGACCAGGAGAUUCCGAGAUUCCAAGGCCAGCUAGGACCAUUGAGAUCAUCUAGUCUGACCUGAAUAACACAGGCUGGAGACCUGCCCUGAAAUAAUUCCUGUCCAGUGUGCCCAGUGGGCAAGUCACGGUCACAAAUGGCUCGGACAGGACAGGGAGGGAGAACUGGAGAGACUGGCGCACUGAUGCUGGCAGUUCAGCUCAGGGCCUGAUGAGACAGCCCAUGAGUGUGUGGAACAGGCUCCAGGGGAGAAGCCCCACGGCAGGACAGAGCCCUGGAGACCAGAUGGUUUUCAGAGCAGGGUCUGGCCCCGAAUGUUUUGGUUCUGUGGCUGGUUGGGGAUUUCAGUUCUUCCUUGCAGCCGGUGGAGCCAGCAGGAUCUCAGAGCAGUGGGAGCUGGAGCAGGAUUUGACCUGAGCUGGGUGAGGCGUGCACAUGAGAGCAGCACAUGCCACUCUCCCUGUCCCUUCCACAGACGCUCUGCAAACACCAAAGGCUUUGCUGCUCCUCUUGUCUCCCUUGUGCAGCCCCUGCAGCCGGGCGUGGGGUUGGAGCCUGCGCUGCCCCGGCAGCUUGGGGAGUGGGCAGCUGGUGCCUGAGCCUUGAGGCUGUUCUCAUCUGGGGAGCGCUGGUGCCGACAUGAUGCUGUGGGCCGUGCUGCUCUGCCUGGCUGCGGUCCCCCUGGCCAGUGCCGAUAGGUGCCAGGGCCACGCUGCCAUCCCAGGCAUUCCGGGCGUACCAGGACAGCCGGGCUCCAACGGCAAAGAUGGAGUGGAUGGCCCAAAGGGAGAGAAAGGUCCCCCAGGGCGGGUGGAUGAUGAAAUGGAGCUGGGAGAGAAAGGAGAGCCGGGGAGCCCCGGACACCCCGGCAAAGUCGGCCCCAAAGGCCCCGUCGGCUCCAAGGGCUCUCCAGGCCCCACGGGUCCUCCUGGGCCAAUGGGUGAAUCUGGGGACUUCAAGACCACCCUCAGGUCUGCCUUCUCAGCUGCCAGGACCAUUAGCAUGCUGCCACGCCGGGACCAACCCAUCCGCUUCGACCGUGUCAUCACCAACGAGAACGGGCACUACGAGAACAGGUACGGCCGGUUCACCUGCAAGAUCCCAGGCCUCUACUACUUCACCUACCACCUCACCUCCAGGGGCAACUUGUGCAUCAACAUCAAGAAGGGCCUGGGCACGAAGGGGGAGAAGGUGGUGACCUUCUGCGACUACGUGCACAACGUCUACCAGGUCACCACCGGGGGAGUGGUGCUGCGGCUGCAGGCAGAGGAGUCCGUGUGGCUGGAGCCCACCGAGAAGAAUUCCCUGGUGGGGAUCGAAGGGGCUGACAGCAUCUUCUCGGGGUUCCUGCUCUUCCCCGAGGCCUAGCAGCCUGCGGACUCUGCCCCAGCACCCACUCUCCCAUGUGCUCCCCGCAUGUCACCCCCAAGUGCAACACGCUUGCACAAGCUUCCAGGCAGCAGCCCAUUGAUACAUGAAGUGCUUUCCCCAGCAGCAGGGCCCUGGCACCGCCCCCACACAGAGCUGCCUCGGUGCUGCCCGUCCCACCCCUGGUGCAGCGCCAGCUUCAGCCCCACCCAGCACGCAGCCCCCUGGCAGAGAACCCACAACAAGGGAGGCCCAGCCCCGGGAGACCCAUUCUGUGUUCCUGAAUCCCUGGAAAGCACCCGUGGAUCCCGAGGCUGCACUUCCUCAGUGCUUGGCACAUGGUGCCGGUGACCACAUGCACUGCCAAGAGCCCCUUGUCCCUGGGGCUGGCAUGUCACUGCCACCGAAGGACCCCCGAGCUCAGCAGCACCUGAGCCCAGGGGCCAGAACCCCAGGAGAGCGAAAAUGGGCAAUGUGUCUCCUCUGUGUUUGGGGCCAAGGAGCCGUGCGGAGCAGGGAUGCCCCACCCAGUGUGUCAGAGCAGACCGAGCUUUACUCCACAUGGGCCUUCAGAUGAAUAAAUGUCCCCUUGGUGGACAGAUGUUGGGGGUCCCGGGGCACCACAUCCUUGCCUUGGGCCUGGGGCACCUCUGGGCCAGGACAAAGUUCCUCCCCAGCAGGUGAGAGGGCAGCUGCCCUCCUGCUUAGGGCGUCACACCUCUCUCCCAGGGGACCAGACCCCUCCUCUCCCAGCCCAUAGCUUUCACAUAGCUUCUGCAUGCCGGGGGAGGGGGACACAAGCCCUUUAAAAUGAGCAAAGCACCAGCCCCUGCAGGACGGCUCAGUGUGAUGGUUGGCCCGGGGAAUCCCAGCCAAGUGGGGGUCCCUGUCACAGCAGUGGGGAUUCCCCAGCAUUAAUUCUAUAGCCAAGGAUUCCCAUGCCGUAGAAUCAUGGGAGCCCAGCCCAGCCCCGAGAGACAAACAUUGGGGUGCAGUGGAAGUGCUCACCAUCCUCUCCCAGGGGAUGCCCGGCUGCGAGCCGCUCUGGCCAGCUCACUGCAGCACCAGUGCUGUGGGGCUCAUGGGGUCAGACCGAAGGCCCCGGCCCUAGCCCCAGCUCUAGGGAGAUGAUCCUUCAGGAGCAAUCCGAGAUCUGCACUCUCCUUUCCAAGCCAGGCUAGUCAGAGCCUGACGCCCUGCAGCUGCCAUGAUGCAGCCUGUGGCAAGGAGGAGACCUCCAGCAAGGACACCUGCAUCCUAGCCAGCCCCACUCCAGACACCUGCCUUCUUGGCUCCAGCGGCUGCUUGCUGUCCCUUGGGGCUAGUGCUCGCCAGGCCUGAGCAUGCUCACGUGCUCUCAGGCCCUCAGCCGGGCCCCGCCCAGCAGACAGCCAAUAAACUUGAUGUCUGCUAUUGA